AUGCGGGCGUUACAAAAACCGUUCACCAGGCCAAUCCCCCGCCAGAUCGUCCCUCUACGCUCCCCCGCCAUCUUCACCCUCCUCACUCGUAGCAAAUCAUCACAAGCAACUCCGUCAAGCCCGAGCGCCACCCCCUCCGUGUCAAACGGAACCCGCGUCGCCCUCGGCCCUAAUCUCACAUCCCACUUCACCACCCUCGACCGCGCCCAACAACGGCAGAAUUCCACAGACGACCGCGCCCGCGGCCUCUACAGCACGCAAAUCUACCACGGCCAAGCAAGACCCUCCCCUUCAUCCUCUCACCCCUGCCGCCGAGCCUUUCACACUUCUACCCAGUCACUCUCCCCCGUCCAUGUUGCUCCCGGUCCAGCCACAGGCGCAGACACAGGCGUACCCAUCGCCGCGCAAAUGUUCGGCUCCGAGGUGAAAGGCAACCCGACAGAGAGCGAGGCAGACGUCGCGGCCGAUCGGUCAGAUGUCGAUCCGCUGCCGCCUGGGAAGCAUCAUACGAUUCGGCUGGGCCCCGGCGACGCGGCCCCGCGGCCGACGGAGAGUGAGGAGGAUGUCGCGGCGGAUCGGGGUGGAAACGGAACGGAUCCGUUAGGCGGGGGUAAAAAGGUUCGCUAG